AUGCCACAAGGAGGAACCAAUUUUAGACCAGCAUUAUUGAAUGGCCAACUGGGGCCACCAUCUGGCCCUCCUUCCAGACCUCCAGCAGGUCCACCACAGAGAUCAGUGGCUGGCCAGUCUGAUGUUCAAAAUCAAACAUUAGGUAGUGGUCCACCCCUCAAGCCUCCAGCAGCCGCAAGUCCUGUUAUCACUACUACGAGUUCCAUGUCAAAUGGUCACCUGAGGCCAUCUCUACCCACCAAUCUCCCAGAGCCACUAUCUAACUGGUCCUCUCGUCAGCCUUCUUCCAUCCCUACUACUCCUCUGCUUGACCGCAUGGAGAUGCAGGCCACACCAGUCUCAGGUCUGACACCGAGCGGAUCUUCAACGAGUUUGAAUGAAGGCUCCCAUCCACCUGCAUUCCGGUCCCAGGCUAGCCCGAGGAAUUCUCCUAGAAUGUCCCCAAGGAUGUCUCCAAUCACAACACCAAAAACUGAAUCUGGUGGACAUUCUUUACCAGUCAAUGGCCUCCCUGCCAGUGUGCCUGUGUCUUCUCCUGUUGUGUCUAGUGAACCACCUGUCAGUGGAACUCACGUGGUCCCUCUGGAAAUAACACAAACACUACAAAACCAGCUACAAGUGGACCUCCACAGUCUGGUGUUCGUGGAGGAACAAGUCAGAAUACCCAGCAGAAUUCCAUGGUUCCUCCACCUACUUCCAAUCCCUCUACACCUACUGUUUUUGUCUCUCAAGCUAUUUCUGCAGUUCCUCCAUCAUCUUAUAUGGUUCAAUCUUCAUCUGUAG